AUGUAUACAGGGAACAUUCCACCAGAAUGGAAAACUGGACGGAUCAGCUUCAUACCCAAAAUCAAACUCCCGAUUAGUCCCGCUGACUUGCGCCCUAUAUGUCUCACCAGCACCGUGGCCAAACUUUUCGGUCGCAUCCUCAUCUACAGAAUUCGUAAAUUUGCUCCUGCAUGUAACCCCCUCCAAUUAGGCUGCCACCCGGGCAGACAAGCUAUGGAUGGAAUUAAUACGGCGCGGGCCGCAAUAUCGGUCAGCAAGCGCUCGAGUAAUCCCCUGUGUUUUGCAAAACUCGACAUUAAAGCCGCAUUCGAUUCGUUAUCCCAUAGGGCAAUCGCUCAUUAUCUUCGGGAACUCGCUCCCUGCAAAGAGGCCCUGGCACUUUGGCAUCUAUCUACUGACAAUGAAGUUAUACUGGAGGUAGGAGGGCAGUCCUGGAAACAAUCACUAGGCAAAGGCAUACUUCAAGGAACAUCUUACAGCGCUGAGCUCUUUUCGAGAAUUAUUGCAUGGACAUUAGAUUCUGUUAUCCGCGACUUACAACAAGUGGCCCCGGUUAACAUUUGCGGAGUUUCCUUCCCAGCCCUCCUUAUAUAUGCCGACGACAUCCUACUUUUUGGGACCCGCCCACAAGACCUUCAGCAUAGACUCCGCAGAGUCCAGGGCGCUCUGGCAGCAAUUGGCCUUCAUAUUAAUAUAUCUAAGAGUUCUGUGCUGCAAGGCCCCUUAGGCGAACACUAUGGCAUCUGGGGGAUGAACACAGUAACCCCCCUGCGUGUCUCUGAGACCUUCAUUUUUCUGGGGGUUCCCCUAGGGUUCCAAGUGACGGGCGAAGACACCCUUUUCCAUUGCCUACGUAAAACACAAAGCAGCUUCUUUGCAUUCAAACGCAUCAUGGAUGCUACUGCAUCUUCUUUGUGCACUAAGGUAUCCAUAUUUGAAACCUAUGUGAGUAGUAGGUGGCUCUGGGCCUCGCCCGCGGUCUUUCCCACAGUUACGCUUCUUCGUAAGGUAGAUUCUAUGCGAAAUACUUUACUCCUCAGUUUACUUCGUCUACCCACAGAUCCGCUUCUCGACUGGGUAACUAACGAAGUUUCCCGGCGCAGAGGGGUACGCAUCCUCUGCGAUAAGCUACCUCGAAUGCCUCAAUGGGCGCAGCACUGGCUCCAACGCUUCUGGCGGUAUUGGGGGCAUGCGGCACGUGAAAGACCUGACAGCCCUCUACGACAAUACUUUAUGUGCCUAACUGGCUUUAGGUUGCGACGACGACUCACCCAACCGGCUGCUGUAGUUGACACUGAUGCUCGUAAACUUCAGCAGGUUUACACAUGUUUCCGCUUUAAAUAUUCCUAUAGUAUGUGGAUGGAUGCAGCGGAAGACCGACACCUCUGGAAUAGUUUGGAGUUUCUCUGGCUCCAGUACUGGCUCACUCCCAUACCUGACCCCAUCCCUCCGGAUUAUCUCAUGGGUAAACAGUUGGUUGCCGUUGCAGAUUAUUGGGCCACCUUCCGUCCUGCACGUAGUCUGCCAUUUGAUGAUCCAUACAGUCAACCAUUCAAGUUGAUAUCACACAUACACAAGGACUUUGACAAACGUAAAGGCAUUCUCAUUCUGCUAAUUCAACAUGAUGACCAGGGAUGUUCCGUAGUAACGGGCACCGCCGGGCUUGACCCUGCUGCGGUGCUAGUAACACAACUUCCUCCUCACUACGAGGAUUCAGUCAACAAUCAUCUCGCUAGCCUUUUGGUACUUGGUACGCUUAUCAAGCUAUUAAGACGGGAAAGUCGGUGCCUCGUCACACCCAUCAUCAGCCCAGGGAUCCUUUCGCGUGGUGUACUUGCCAACACCUCGGAUAAAGCAGACCCCAUUCUUCAGGCAAGAUGGCUCUCAGUUGACCAACGCUUUAACAUCAUAGGUAGUUCUUUCCUACCUCCCAAGAAAAUCCCGGAUAGGCUCUACCAUUUCUUUCAUCCGACGUAUAACGCCACACCAGUCAAAGUGUUGCAACGAAGCUGGAACUUCCAGGAAGCAACCUACGUACCUUUCCGCGAAUUUGUCAAUUCCUGA